AUGAGUCUCAAGCUUAAAAAUUAUGUUAUCUGGUAUCAGUACAAAACUCGUUCCGCAAAUACGGUCAGAGAACUUCCAGGAAAGGAACUUAUUGAUCUUUGCAAAGCAAUUAUAACAAAUUCAAAGCUUUCUGAACCUGCUGAUACACUUAUUCUCAAAGUGAAGCUAGAAGGUGAAACCGAAUAUAAUACUACCUUAAACUGUGAUUAUUUUGAAGAACACUGUAAUGGUGACUUUAAAAGAUUAGUUGAAAUGCACAAGAUCAAACGACUAAACCCCAUCAGUGUGACAACUAUGGAAAAUGAGAGAUUGAGGGAUGAGCUAGCCACUCAAGUAAAUCCCAUCAAUGUGACAUCUCAGGAUAAUCAAGAGAUGCAGAGAUUGAGGGAUGAGCUAGCCGCUUUGAAGAUAACUCAAGCUCAAGCACUUUCUAAAGAAAUACAUGUCCGUUAUAAUGAUCAAGCCAUCACUUUCAGACGAAGUAUGUUAGAAGAAAUUGGUACAUCUAAUGUAGAAGAUUUGAUAGAACUUAUUAGGCCAAAGUUGAGAAAGUUUAUUGAAAAAGUAUCAGAUAUAGUCAUCACUCUUCGCCCUGGGAAUAAUGAAGUCUUGGGUUCGGAAACGCCUAUCACUGAAUUAUACAAUACGGAAGAUCAAGCAUUGCGUGUUGUAGUCG